CCUGAACUACGAAAAGUUCCGCAUCAAACCCAAGGAAUGCCCCAUCACCGAUCACAAGGGUAUAGUAGGUAUCGAAUCUAUGGAAUUCCCUGGAAGAUACCUGAGAAUGGAUGGAGAUGUCGUCAAUGUGCAGGGGGACAUGAGCACCUCGGAGGAAUUUGAAGUCCUCGUGUUAGAUGCCUGA